AUGUUUAAUUGUAAAAGUAACAAAGGACUUGGUCAACUCAUUGUCCGAGCAACAAUUAGUAGACACGAAGCAAACGUUACUGUUGUAGCUGUAGCUGUAACUAUCCGAGGGAAGCUUCUAGACCCAAAAGCAAGGUCUGUCCAACUGUCUAAGCUGCUUCCAAACACCCAAUACCUGAUCUGUGUCCUUGGGCUCGGAAAUUGGAUGACUCCUUUACUGGAAGAUCUUGGAACUAACCAGAACUCGACAGAUGACUUGAUAAAUACGGGAUCUAAACUAGCUCAGAUGAUGGUUAACUUCCCGAUGAGCAGGUGCACUGAAGUUAGAACUCUAGAUGCACCAGACUCUAUAAUUGGGGACACUCCGUCGGAAAGAACUGGCAUAGCCACCAUUUUAACCAGGAGGUUGGGAUUGAUUGUCGGAAGCUGCAUGAGGUUCGUGGUCUUCAUUGUCCUGGUGUCGAUCCUCGGGUAUAUGAAGAUGAAGAAACAGAGGGCGGCUAUGAAGCGCGAACAGCCUCUGGCGCCCAAUCCUCCGGAAUACAUGUCAUAUCGUCACUUUUCGCUCCAGAGUGGGGAUAGGCUGGACAAUAACAAUCCUUGUCCGAGUUUCAUCUCCAGUAUUGGUAAUACCACGCUCAAUACGUAG